GGAGCCGGCUCGGCUUGCGAGCCCCGUUGAGGAGCCGGCGCUUGGGCCGCAGUUAUCGUCGCGUCCGCUCCCGGUUCCUGGCCAGUUGGCGGCAUGGCGUGCGGGGCGACGCUGAAGCGGCCCAUGGAGUUCGAGGAGGCGCUGCUGAGCCCCGGGUCCCCGAAGCGGCGGCGCUGCGCCCCUCUGCCCGGCCCCACUCCGGGCCUCAGGCCCCCGGACGCCGAGCCGCCGCCGCCUUCGCUUCAGACGCUGACCCCACCGCCGACUCUGCAGCAGUCCGCCCCGCCCGGCGGCGAGCGGCGCCUUCCAACCCCGGAGCAAAUUUUUCAGAACAUAAAGCAAGAAUGUAGUCGUUAUCAGAGGUGGAGACAUUUAGAAGUUGUUCUUAAUCAGAGUGAAGCUUGUGCUUCGGAAAGUCAACCUCACUCCUCUGCACUCACAGCACCUAGUUCUCCAGAACAAUAUGAAUCUUUUGUGAAAUUCACACAUGAUCAGAUUAUGCGACGGUAUGGAACAAGGCCAACAAGCUAUGUGUCCUGAGCUUUGUUGCAUAUCUGGGUACCAGGUUUGACCUCAAGAGAUGGCUGCUGUACACUUUUUGCAACUGGUUUGAUAUCACAUUUCAGCUCCAACUUUGCAUCCUGAGAACACUUAAUGUUUCUGCAGGUCCAUUUUAUACAACUUGAAAGACCUUAAAACUUUCUGGUUGCCACAAGCAUAUCUUUCUUUUCUGCUCAUCCAAUAAACAGCUGUGCC